UUAUUUUGACGUUUCUGUAUGGAAUCUUCAUAUUUGAAUCUUUCUUGGUGAAACACUUUUUCCUUUUUCAGACCUUGGUGAUCCUUUAUACAUUUUAUGUUUACCUGUGAAUUGAUGCUGGCUCAUCCACAUUUUCUUAACUAUCUCUCUUUCAGUCAUCGGCACCAUGUCUUGCAUGAUCAGGAUGUAGACCGCCAUACUUGUGUACCAAUGAACCAUCUUUGGCCAAAUCAAGCUCCGUACACUGUGUGUAACAGUUCCCUAUCUGAAUAUGGCGUAUUAGGUAAGUUAUAGACAACUGUAAUUUUGUUUAUUAUGUCACAAGUCAUAUUUAAGUCAAGUUUAACCUAUGUUUUAACACCGGAAAAAAUAAUCUGACCACCAAUACUAACUCAUUGGGGGCCAUUGACUGUCUUUGCAACCAUAAUUGUUGGUUCUUUUAGUAAACUAUACCAGAAUGGAAGGACUUGUUAAUUACUGCAAAGCUGUAUAGUGUUGCCCAAAACUAAAUAAGUGGAGCAUUAAAUUUUUUGUGUAGAGUUUAGUGGAACCAUACUGUGAUAAUGGCAAAGGCCAUCUUUGAUCAUUAAAAGGUUAGAUUGUGUAUAAUGUCAUAUCCCAAAAGGAAAAAGAGCAACCUGUGUUUAUGUAGGGUCUAAUUCCAAAGUUUCUUAUUGUGGAACCUUCACGUGUGCUAUGUAAAUUCCAUCCUGAAAAUAUCAGUGACUCAAAUAGAAUUGAGUCACUCAUGCCAACACUAGGGCAUCGGCAACCUUCGGAAUUCCAGAUGCUAUUACAGAUUUAAUACUUGCAAAGAAUUGCGUUACAUAUAGCUCAUAAAUUCUGGAGCGCUAAAGAGAUUAACUACCUCUGUACGAGGGUAUAAUUAAAAACAGAUAAAGAAUUCACCAAUAUGUUUACCAAUUAAGGGCCACAUGACGCUUUCAUGGCCAGUGAAGCAUAGACGUCAUAUAGUAAGAGUAUCAAGGAAUCCCAGGUAUAUUUUGAUACCUGGGUGUCCUUUUGAUCAUCUAGGGCCAGAAUUAGUGGCCCCAGACUGACAUGUGGUCUGUUUGCAGAGAUCAAAGUGAGCAAAAGAUCCGUAUUGCCACGUGCUACUACAGCAAUGCAUUGAUAGCUUCCCCGUCCAAAAGGAGGGGUGCAGACAAGUAUAUUAUCCCACCAGAGAUAAUGACUCUCUCUUCCCUGGCCAAAGGUAAGGCUCAAGGAGGGUGGAAUUAAUUGUUACUUUUUGCAAUUAAACUGUAUAUGUAUAUAAUGUACCCUAUUCCUCCCACUACUGCCCAAUCCACCUUUACCCAUCAAAGCCCCUAUUACUUCUUCCCCUGACUAAAGCACAUAUGCCUCUGCACCCACUACAGCCUACCACCCCUGCACUCUCUACAGUUCCUAUUAUCUCCUGCACCCUCAACUGCCACUAUCCCUCCCCAGCACCCACUAAAGCUCUUCUAAACCUCCCGUUCAGCCCCUAUAUCUCACCCUCCACCAUGCAACUACUGCUAACAUGUGGUGGAAAUGAUUAGAACACCCCCAGUUUUGACUUUGGUAUUUUUGGUGUCAUAGUGCCAUUGUCUCAUGUUUUGUUCCUAGACUAUCCACUGCUUAGUUCUGCUUUUACUCUUCAUACCAGCACUAGUGAGAUGACCCUUCACUCGCCCCCUACCCACUUCUUUGCCAUACAGUUUGCAAUUUAUUAUUGGAGGUACUGAGAGUGAUCCCAAACAUUGCUUCAUUGGCCCAAUACAGCACCCUUGGCCAUUUGCCUUGCAUCUGCUGAAGAUGCUGAAAGAUUUACAGCUGUUGCAACAUCUCUUGCUACACUAGCCUCUACACUAGCAUUUGUUGAUUAAUGGAAUGUUGAUGUUGCUGGUACUUGUGAUGUUGACGAUGAUGGUAGUGGUGCUGCUGGUAGUGGUUACAUUGACAGUGGGUGAGUUACUUGUACCAGUGGAAGCAGGUGCAACUGAUGUAUCAACUGCCUUCACUGGAUGAGACCAUUUUACAACAGAUACUUAUGGACUUGGAGAUGGUAAACAAGAUGCAGGAGGCAAGUGCAGACUAGAUGCUGGAGAAAAUACUGGGCUACUGACUGUUCUUUCCAGACUCUCCGCUUCUAAUUCCUCUAGCUUAUGACACUCAUAGUUGAGUAGCUCCUGAGCUAGAGGUAAAUAUGCUUUGAUUGCAGUGGUGGGGAGAAACAGAACUCUCAUCACUGGAUUCAUCCCUGUCACCAUCACCAACACCAGACAAUGAGGACACUACUUUGGUGUUUACAGAAUAUCUUACAAAUGUUUACAGAAUGGAAAACACAUUUGACUCUGGGAAUUUAGAAUUUGAUGUAGCAGACAUGCUGCCAAUCCCACUAUCUUGAGGCUAAAUGCUACGAAUAGGGAUGGUGGUGGAGGCAGCAGUCACAUGACCAAGGAAAAAGGUGUUUCAACUUUCCAUAGCCAUGGUGCAUUGCAGGGCCAGACUGGGAAUACAAAGCAGUCCUGGGAAAAAAAAAAUCUAUUCCAGUCCCAUAAGUCAUUGCGCCAUGCAUUGUCACAUGUUAAAUGUAAGGCUAUGUCUUGCAACCCCAGAUGAUUGAGUGAUAUAUAUAUAUAUAUAUAUAUAUAUAUAUAUAUAAUAAAAUCAUAUAUACAACAUAAAUAUUUUUUAAUAUAAAAUAUUGGUCCUUUCAGAGUAAAACAUUUAAUUAUACAGUAAUGCUUACUGUAUAAUUAAAUGUUUUACUCUGAAAGGACCAAUAUUUUAUAUUAAAAAAUAAAUAAAUAUGUAGACACAGACAAUCUGACACACACAAGCUCAUUGAUACACAGCCUCAUAAACAAAAAAUCUCACUGAUAUACAUAAACUCAUUAACAUAAAAACACAAGCUCACAGAUGCACACACAUGGUCUUACUGACAGACAAUCUCACUGACACACACAGACAAGCUUAUUGGUGUACAGACAAACUCUGACACGCACAAGCUUACUACAGACAAGCUCACUUUCUCACACAAAUGCUUACUACAGAAAACACACACACACACACUCACUACAGAAAAGCUCACUGAUAGACACAUGCUUCCUACAGACAAACUAGUGACACACACAAGCUCACUAGAGACAAGCCUACUGUCACACAAAUGCUUACUACAGAAAAGCUCAUUGACACACAUGUUCCCUACAGAAAAGCUUACUGACACUCACAUGUUCAUUACAGACAAGCUCACUGACACACACAAGCAACACACACAUGCCCACCACAGAAAAGCUCACUGACACACACAUGCUCACCACAGAAAAGCUCAGUGACACACACAUGCUCCUCACAGAAAAGCUCACUGGCACACACAUGCUCACCACAGACAAGCACACUGGCACACACAUAAUCCUUACAGAAAAGCUCACUGACACACACAUGCUUCCAACAGACAAGCUCCCUGACACACACACAUGCUCACUACAGACAAACUCACUGACACACACAUUCAAGCUCACCCGCUAGCAGCCACACACACAUGCUCACUACAGACAAACUCACUGACACACACAUACAAGCUCACCCACUAGCAGAGACACACACACACGCAAGCUCACUCACUAGCAGGCACACACACAAGCUCAAUCACUAGCAGACACACACACACAAGCUCUCUCACUAGCAGGCACACAUACACACACACAGGAGGUGGAGCUUGCAUGAGGGGGCUGGGCAUGCAGCCAAUUUAUAUAAACUGUGCAGGGAGCCUAACUGUGGCUGCACCAGCCCCCAGCUCCUCCCUAUUUACUCCCCUCGGACUGACAUAGGCUGGCACAGUCCGAGGGGAAAAAUACUUAAACUACAGGAGCCUGAUGAUUUGGGCUGUCUGCCUGGCCCCAGGUGCUGCAGCCCACCAGAAAAUUUCCCGGUAUCCCGGUGGGCCAGUCCGGCCCUGCAUUGGGGAACAGGACCUCUUCCCCUACCCUCUCUCAAUUCUUGCUUGGAAUUAGAAUGUGAUAUUGAUGAUGGCAAGUUCGACUUUCUUAUUACAAUAAAUUAGGUAAAGUAUAUGACUGUGUAUUUCUCAGGAUUGUUCAUAGGACACUCAACAAACUGAGACACACCAAUUCUGAUAAGGCAAAGAAUGAAAGGCAGAAUAGACAUAUUACUGAACCUUAGAGUGGCUGGGCUUAACGCAAAGCAGGGACCAGGAAAAAACCAGUACUAAACUAGAGAAAUACUUCAGGCCAGAAAGGGACACAAAAAAAUAGAAAAUAAAACAUAAAAAAAAUCCACAUUGCAUUUCAUUUUGAAACAAAUUAAAAGUCUAAUAUAAAGUGCCUUAUGAGCCAUUCAAAUGUUCUUGCAAAAUUGAUUUGUUGAAUUCAUGUGAUAAAUAUGGCUUUUCAUACUGUUGACCUGAAAUUGUAAAUGAUAUUUGUAUCAGGAUACUUAUGCCAUGUAAUUUGCAAAGAAAGUGUCAUCCAAACUCUCUAGUGUGCAUUAUAAAAUGGUUACAUUUGAUGUAUUAUGUGUGUUCUACAGCUAGAAAAUAGAAGAGGAUGAAAGGUAUAUCGAAAAUCUAUUGCAUACCAGAAAAGUUAACCUGUAUCAUGUUCGGUAUAUAAAUAAGGAGCAGGAUAUGUGAAGCGAAGCCUUAAACAAAUUAGCCAUAUUGCAGAUUUUCUCAGCCAUGUCUCCCAAUCAGCAGAAAUGGGAUCGUAAUGUGGAAGUUAAAAUUAGACUUGGAUUAAGAGUUGCCAAGGGAGAGAUGACUCUGUGUACUCUGUGUAAAAUUAUGGCUAGGUAGAUAUAUAUAUAUUUACUGCUUCAAACAGAUAACAAAUAACUGUUUAAUUUUGGAAUCUGAACAGACAUAGAAAGAGGAAAAUGACAGAAAUAUUGUGCGGCUCAUGUAGUUCUCAGAUAUAGUGUAAACAUUAGGAUACAAAUGCAAUCAGAUUUACUCCUUUGCUCACCAGCAGUUAAAUAUCUCAGUAAACGUAUCCCCUAAAUAUAACAUAAGCUUGCAUAUGUGGACACUUUGCAGAAAUAGGAUCUAAAAUGCACCUAGUUUUAUAUUGUAGAAGGCAAGAGCAGCAAUGUAUUGUUUUUAAAUUCACAUUAAAGGUUUACUCUAACAAGGGCGGUACAAGGAUUUUUGGGUACACAGGUGAAGAUGAUUUUGGCAACCCCCCAAAAGCAUUUUCCUGUGUGCCUCUUAACCCGCCUUUUGUUUCUUAUCCCCUUUUUUUUUUUUAAAUGUCUUACCCCCUUUAGUAUAUCAUCCCCUAUUUUUCGCCUCCCUUGUGUAUCUCUUACAACCCACCUUUGUGUGUCUUUCUCCCCCCAGCCCCUUUGUGUGUCUCCUUCUCUCCCAGCCUCUUUAUCUUUUACUCUUACCAGCUCCUUUGUGUGUUUCUCUUUCACCACCAGCCCGUUUAUUGCCCUCAAGCCCUUCUGUGUCUCUUUUUCCUCUUCUCCAGUCCCUCUUUGUAUUUCCACCUCCAGGCCCUUCUCUGUGCCACUUUCAUUCACAGCCCCUGUGUGAACAUUCUCACUCCCAGGCCCAUCUUUGUGUCUUUCUCCCUCCUCAUGUCCCUCGGUGUGUCUUUCUCCCCACUCAGGCCCCUUUCUGUGCCACUCUCCCCUCCAUGUCCCUUAGUGUUCCUCUCUCCUCCCCUCCAAGUCCAUUAGUGGUCCUCUCCCCUCCCCUUCCUGUCCAUUAGUGGUCCUCUCCCCUCCCCUUCCUGUCCAUUAGUGUUCCUCUCCCCUCCCCUUCCUGUCCAUUAGUGUUCCUUCUCCCCUCCCCUUCCUGUCCAUUAGUGUUCUUCUCCCCUCCCCUUCCAGGUCCAUUAGUGUUCCUCUCCCCUUUCUUCCUGUCCAUUAGUGUUCCUCUCCCUCCCUUCCUGUCCCUCCUCUUACCUGUCCAUUAGUGUCCCUCUCCCCUCCCCUUCAGGUCCAUUAGUGUUCCUCUCCCCUUUCUUACCUGUCCAUUAGUGUUCCUCGCCCCUCCCUUCCCUGUCCCUUUAGUGUUUCUCUCCCCCCGCCCUCCCUUUCUCUUAGUGCCCCCCAUUCCCCUUAAUGUUCCUCCCACCCUUCUCUUUUAGUGGCUCCCCUACCCCAGUAUUCCUUUUCCAUUCCUUCCCCUGUACCAUAGGUCCAACCCCUUAGUGGUCUCUCCCUUUUAGUGUUCUUUUCCCUCCUCCUGUCCAUAGUGUUUCUUUUCCUCCCCCUCUCCCACCUUUCCUCCCCCCUUGUCCUGGUUUUUCUCCCAAUCCCACAGUGUUCUUUCAUCUUUCCUCUCAGUGAGCACUUCCUUUCAGUCCAGCCAGGUACAGGAAACAGAAGCUCCCGUACCGCGGUGCGCACUGCUCUGUUCAGCAACCCUAUACAGCGUGACUGGCAGGAGGAAGCACUGUGCGCCCACCUCCUGCCGGUCACUCUAAUCUAGUGCUCUCCGGGCCACCGGUGCGACCUACGGUGACCACUUGUGCCGCCUUAUGGUGGUCGCCAUAAGGCGGCACAAGUGAAAUGGUCCACGUGGUUGAUUGGAUCACGAGUGGGCUUCAAGGACUUCAGAUGGAGCGUUGAAUCCAGCGAGCGGAGCUUUGCUGGUGCUGCAUUCCAGAAAAUGUAUUGCUUUAUUUCUAAUGUUUUUUUAAUUAAAAGAAAAAACGGAGGGUGAACGUACAUAACAGGGCGCAAUAGGCCCUUAUAACAUAAAAUAUCACAUUACCAUCUAAUUUAUGGUGAGCUGAGGUUUGUGAUAGGCAACGAUUUAUCAUUAUAUUUACCAUAUGACCUGGCCAAAAGCUACAUUUGUAAAUGUGGUGAUUAUUUUUAUACAUACAUUGUGGGAUCCCAAUAUCAAACACCCAUAUUAAUACAAGUUACUUUAAUUGCUGCAUAAACUUCUGUGCUUGGCAUAGAACUACAAACGAGAGAGAGAGAGAGUGAGCGAGUGUGUGUGUGUGUCAAGUCUUUAAGCAUUCUCUUCUCUUCAAAGUAUAUAGGCCUCAUUGCUUGCUCUGCUUAUUACUUAAAAUCAUUAAAUAUAAUCACAACAAUUACUCGGACAAUCAAUCUCACAUGUUUCAUAAAAAAAGACUCUGAUCUCCAAUUUAUCUCAAUUACACCAUUAAUUAACUUUCUUGCUCCUUUUAGACCUGCACCUGUGUAUCGGUGAAAAGGCCAGGUAUCGUGACCUGUAUAUAUGUGGAAGUAGCAUCUAUACAGGGCUUAGAGCCAAUUACCUUUUUAAAAAAAAAAAUACAAAUAAAAAAAGUUAAAAUAAAAAUAAAAAGCCUAUUUUUGUUUAACUUCAUUUAACAUGUGAGAUGACAUAGUGACCAUAAAAUAACCAUCAAGAUUAACUAUAGAGGAAAAUUAGAAAUUGACCCCAACAGGCUCAGGAGUGUACUGAUCAUGGCAAACUACCGGUGGCAAUAGAUGGUACUUCUAAUGAUGCUGGCUUCCUGUCUCCAUCUUUAAUGUGGGCACUGUCCAACGCAUGCAUGCUAAAACAUUCAUAAAUAAUGCUAUAUAAUGUGUUUAAAGCAUGUUCCUGUUUUUUCCCUUUAUAUUUGUUUUUUACCAUUGGAGAGUUAUGGUUAACCAUUGUACUACUACUUCUAUGUUUAUAGAAUCAUAACUUUAGGUGAUUAUAUGUGCUAUUAACAUAAUCCUGUCCUUCACCACUUUAUAGACUACAUUCACCUUUCUUUUUAAUCUUUAAUGGACAAGUGACAGAACGUCAUAUGAUCCCAUGUGAAAAGAAAUGAAAAUGGAAUACCCCACCUUACACCAGCCAUGAGAGCCCCAGGGGAGAUGUCCCCAUCGGGGGUCUUUGCAACGUCUGCAAAGUCCCCAUAUGGUAACAGUGCUGCUCUAAGGGAAGAGAUGAUGAUAACUGUAUUUAAAAUCAUUAUUUUUAGAGGCUUUGUUACCCAGCAAUUCUAGGGUCCAGUAUACCUUACCUCCUUUAUAUUUGCAGUGAGUGCAUUCUCCUAAAAUAGCAAAACUAGAUGCAAACAUCAUAUUGGAAGGAAUGUUUUUAUCAAAGUCCUGCUUAAUGUCCUUUCUUGUUCAAAAGCUUAACUUAGUUUUUAUAGGUUUUAUCAAACAUUGAAUGCUGAAACAGAUACGUUUAACUGAUAAUCUAUAGCUCUAUCCCUCUGUAAAUAUCUAGUGCUGUCAAGCUAUGAGAUCAAUAUGAGUUAUGAGCAUACUGCUUCCAUCUAUUUUUCCUUUUCCUCGUCCUAUUACCAGACCUGUUGGUUGGUGAAAGUAAUUUUUUUUGCUUGUUUUAUGAAAAUGUAAUGGUUUGCAAUGCUUACGUCUGAACGAUUAACCUCUUAGGUAAGGAGUUGUAUCCCUAGGAUAAGAUCUGAAACUGGGGAACACUUCAAUAGGGAUAACAUUUUAAAUGUUUAAAAAAACAAAACAAAAAAUACUCAAAUUAUGUUUUUCUCAUAAAGGAUUAAACAUCCUGCAAGGUCUCUUACUAAACAGCCCGUGGAUCUUACGGCUAUAAACAUUUUUGUGUUUUCAUUGAAUUUUUAAAAUAAUUUAUGGUGAAUUUUAGAAACCAUAUCUUAACAUCAUUCCUGGGCAUUUCCAUAUAUUUUCUCUCCCCAUUGCUUAAUAAACCAUGUGCAAUUCAGCAGUCCGAUAAACUCUUUAUGGGAUUUUUCCCCUAAGGGAAUAUUGCCUGGUAAUAGUAGAAAUGACAGGUACAUGACACAUGCCAUUGAUAGCUUACUGGUGACUUCUCUGGGCAUCCAACAGUGUGAGCGGAAUAACAAUAAUCUGAGACCCUGUCUGUCAGCCUAGAUCGUAUGCAAUGUACAUUGUACAAGCAGGCACUAAUUAAAAGACCAUUGCUAAAUAUCUUCUUACACAGCAAGAUAUCGCUGCUUUAUUAGAUGGUAAUUAUCUAGGAGCUGGACUUUCAGAAGAAGGGAAUUUUCUAUGCAAUUUUUUUUUUAAUAAACUGAACCAACAAUUUAUAUAAUGCUUUCUGUUUACAAAAGGAAAUAAAAGUUCAUUCUCUGAAUAACUGUGGACAGAUCGUAACUGAAUUUAUUAUAAAUUGUGAAAUAAAUAACUAGGAGCAAGCGUCUUAUAAUUUACUAGGAUGUUUCAGGGUCUAGAUUACCCGGCUCAAUCACUUCUGAAAUAUAAAUGUACUUUGCCAGAUGUUAAAAUUAAACAAACAAUUAAAACAUUUUUUCUUUUUAAAGGAUUUGAACUUGGUUUUGCCAUGGCGAGUCCCAAUGCGUUGGUAUUGUGGGAAGCUCAGUUUGGGGAUUUCCAUAAUACGGCCCAAUGUAUUAUCGACCAGUUUAUGAGCUCAGGACAGGCUAAAUGGGUCCGACACAAUGGGAUCGUAUUACUGCUCCCACAUGGAAUGGAAGGAAUGGUAAGUCCAUAUUAGGAGCUCAUCCAACGGAGUAGUGGAUCUGCUCCUUUGAGAGAGAAAAAAUAAUUAGAAGGUUAAAUAAGUCCCACAUAGCCCCUGGAGAGGAGACUCAUGAAUACUUCAUUCAAUUAAAGCCGUGUUCAUCCAGGCAAAAAUCUGUUUGUGCUUUCAGUAGGUCAUAUGAUAUAUGAGUGGUGAUCAAGGAUGUUGUAAAUUAUGGGUCCCAACAGAGACCUUCUCUGCAGUUCGUAAUUUACCUCUGUUUGUUUGCAUUAUAACACUUACAUUGAUAAUUAUACUUUUCGUAUUCUCCAAUCUGCUGUACUUAAAUGCCUUAAAUGCUGUUUUUCUCAAUGCACAUUUUCAGUUAAUAGGUUGCCAACACCUCUUCUAUUAUUUAUGCCUUUACUAGUCCACACACAGUCACUUUUGUUUGUCUCCGCAUGCACAGGUUGUAAAAAAUGUUGUUUAACCAUGAGUGUUCUAGAGGUAUGCCUGUAUAAUAAAGAAAUGGCCUACACACACUGUCUGCUACUAAGUUAGGAAUACUAAAUCAUUUGAAUGGAAUUCUCUCAAGCCUUAAGAAUACGUAUGUUCAAAAUUUUAAUCCAAAUAAUUUUGAAGUGGUCAAAGGCAAAUCCCCAAGCUGCUGUACUCCUACAGCUCUCAGGAUGCUUUGCUAGCGUCAAUGCUGGUACACGUUGUACUUAUAGUACUCGUAGUUAACAUCUACCUUCUGUCACAAUUCAUUUAAAUUACUCCAAACUUGUACACAGUGCCACAUGCAUUCUAUGAACCCCUCAAGUACGAUUCCUUUUGUUUUGGUAAAGAAGACAGAAAAUUUAGAUGUCAAUUUAGGAAUUUGAUUUACACCGAUUCACAGUUAAGGGAAUUACCUUGUCUCAAACAUAUCAGCUUAUUGGGAAAACCGUUUUCCACAUCGAAAUGUGCACAUCUACGACUUGGCAGUCUGCUACUAUUUGAAUAGGGUUUCUUUUUCUUACAGGCUAUAUACUUGGCCACUGUUUUCAGUAACUAGCUCAUAUUUUAGAAGUGAGACUUCUUAUUGCACCAGGAUAAAUUGCUUCUUCAAAACCCUUAAUGCCUUUUCUUUGCUAUUGCCAUCAGUAAUCGGAUUCAGAGACCAGCAUUUCUAAACUGCUCUUGUGCCUAAUAUUAUUACCAGGGACCUGAACAUUCUUCAGCAAGACCUGAACGCUUCCUGCAAAUGAGCAAUGACGACUCCGAUGCUUAUCCAGUAAGUUGAUUUGCCCUUCUUCUUCUCGUACUCAUUCUCUGACUAUAAAUGUGGAGGAAUUUUAUUUUUUAUCUACCUAUUGGACUAGUGAACUGACACUAGCUAAUUAUUUUUAUCUUUGGCUUUUGGGAAGUAGAUAAUGAAAUCAAGGCUAUGUAUUAAGGCCAGCUUGAACAUGUUCUUAGUAAGAAAAAUCUAAGUAAAGAAGUAAUACGCACAUUGAGGCCAUUCUUUCUGAUAACACUGAUAAAAUUCUUUUUUUUAUUUUUAUAUUUUGUACGUUACAUAUACAUUACCAUUAUUACCAAAUUAUAGUCUGAUGAAAAUAUACCCUAUAACCAUGAAAACCAUUAAUGACCAAUCACAGUGCACAGCCAAAAAGCAGGACCUUCUGUGAUUUUACUUCAUUUUGAUUUAAUUUGGGUGUAAUUGAUUAAACUGUCUUUGAAAUGGCUGUUUUUUGGUUAUAGACAUACUGCACUGAAUUAUGGGUAGCGUAGUUUAGAAUUGCUAUCUAAUCUUUAAUAAAGCUGAAAUUGCUUACACUUUAAGGCCCAUAAUAUAGUCACUCAGACGGCCACUAGAGGUGCUUCCUGGGUCAGUGACGUUUAGCGUCUCCACGCUCUGCAUGGAGGAGCAGAACUUUUACCAUCAAGAUGCAUUGAUUAAAUGCAUCUCUAUGAAUAGAUGCUGAUUUUCUGUGGAACUCCCUUCCCUUCUGCGUUAGACUUUCACCCAGUCUCUACUCCUUCAAAAAAUCUUUGAAGACACACUAAUUCAGGAAAGCAUAUCAUUUAAACUCUUAGUGGAUUUUCAUGCCCACCCCCCCAUGACUUCUCUCCUGCAACUGUCAAAAAUAACCUACUAAGUUCCCAGUGAAUACUUUUCUAGCAACUUAUUUCAUUACCCCUACUUAUACCCUUUGUGACACUAUACCCCACUCCCUCUAGAAUGUAAACUCAUUGAGCACGGCCCUCAACCCCUCUGUUCCUGUGCGUCCAUUUGCCUGGUUACAGUUACAUGUCUGUUAGUCCACCCAUUGUACAGCGCUACAGAAUUUUGCUGGCCCUAUAUAAAUGAUAAAAUAAUAAUAAUUGAUGCAGAAUGACAUUUUGCCGUGCAUGCACAUUAGCCUCAAAGUGCUUUCCUAUUGGAAGGCUGAGAUUGUCAAUUCUGAUAAUCUCAGCCAAGGAGGUGGAGCAGGGGCUAGCGCCGGCAGACAUGCAUAGCGCUGGUAUGAAGGUACGUUACUCUAUUUAAGGGGGAUCUGGACACCUAAAUAGAGUUUAUAGUCAGUGAUCCCAUAUUAUGCCAAAAUUAUAGAAGCAGAUUGUUAGUCAUGGCAUACCAUGAUUCACAUUCUUAUUUGCCAAUAUUUGUUCUGGACCGCAUGAUUUCAUACGGCAGCUCUGCUGAAUCUAGUUGCUUCAUGGAGUUUUCUGCAAAGUAAUGAUAGGUUUGCUUGCAUUAAUGGAGAGCCUGCAUUUUACCCUCAGGAAUUCACCCAGGAUUACGAGGUGUGCCAGCUUUAUGAAUGCAAUUGGAUCGUGGUAAACUGCUCCACUCCAGCAAGUUACUUCCAUGUUCUUCGUAGACAAAUUCUAUUGCCGUUCCGCAAACCAGUAAGUGCAAUCAACACAACAAAAUGAGGAACGCGCUAUUAAUCGUGUUCUAAUUUGCAUCCUAAUUCUGUUUGUUUUGGCAUUUUUUUGUAGCUAAUCAUAUUUACUCCAAAAUCAUUGUUGAGGCAUCCAGAGGCCAAAUCUAGUUUUGACGACAUGAAAACAGGUGUGUUUACAUUACAAUUCAUUUUCAUUAAAUACUAUGUGUUAUUUGAAUUUAUUACAAUUGAAAAUGUAAUAAGUAAAUUGUUAUAUUUUAUGGUAUGCUUUGUUUUUCUUUAUCUUACCCUGUCCACAAGCCUGGAGAAGAUAGAAACGGACUCAUUGUCAGUAAAAGUAUAACAUGUCCCUGUGUUGACAGGGCGAGUGUGAGAAUGGUAUAAUAUAUUCAAAUCAAUGUCUUGCUGUGCGUUUACUUCUUCUUUACCUGCGUUGGAUUUGCAAAACAUGCAAAGCUCCCAAAGAUGCUAAAUACUGCAGUGGUCAUUUCAAAGCAAUACUAAAGAACUAUUUUGCAAAGUAAUUCAAAUAAUGCGCACACAUAAAAAAAAUCUAAAUAUCUAAAUAUUAAAGGGAUCUCUCUCUCUCUCUCUCUCUAUCUAUCUAUCUCAUUGAAAGGGUUUUUGUUCAUUUUUUUCAAUUUUAUUUCAUAUUAACAUAUUACGUUAUAAUAAAGUGGUACUCUUAGUUUCUAUAUCUGCCAAUCCAUCCACCCAUAACCGGGUAUUUUCCAGGGGGAGCUGUUCUUUGCUACUUAGCUCUUAUUAGUCAGGGGUUACGUAUUUUUCGUCUUUUUUUUUUUUGUAACGGUGUCUUUUUUUUUUAGAAACUUUAACGAAUAGACCUAGUGGAAAUAAUACAAUUUCUGUAACCUCAAGGUACAAACUUUCGACGCAUGAUUCCUGAAAAUGGACCUGCUUCUCAGAAUCCCCAGGAGGUUAAACGUGUAAUUUUCUGCACCGGGAAAGUCUAUUAUGAGCUCAUCAAAGAGAGACACAGUAAAGAUUUGGACAAUCACGUAGCUAUUACCAGACUAGAGCAGGUAAAGUACUUCUGAAUUAAUCUGCUUAUACGUGAUCGAAGAAAUCAACAACUUUAAAUGCGUCUACGUCUGUUAAUUCUCUUUACAAAAUAUGUGAUUCGGAAUGCCAUUUAGCACAUUGUGGUGUAUUGAUUAAAUUGCUAAUAUAAAUAUCAAAUUGAUUAGAACAGUAAAGCAUUCUUGCCAGCUCUGGCAAAGAAUGAGAGGCGGGUAGGGCUGGUGUAGGGGAAUGCCAAUGACCAGUAGCUCUAUUUCCAUCUGUAAAUAUGACCUCACUCUGCAGUGUAUACAUACCAGAAUGACCCAGAGGGCAGCUAAGCAGGGUUGGCAAUUGCAGUGUCUAGCUCUGGGUUCAAAUGUCCUGGAAUUCUUGCUCAAUCCAGUGCGAGAAAGACUAAAUCGGUCUUCCCUACACUUUUUCUGGUGUCCUCAGAAGAACAUGGGGCAGGAGAACAGGGAUACAUAAAUCGAGAGUCUGGGAGUUUUGGCAAAUACGGGUAGAAUACUAAAACUUAUCUCUUUCCACUAAACACAACAGCCUGAAUGAAGAAAUGUAGGUGCUGUACGUCAUUUAAUGUCUAGUAUCAGUUAAGUAUUUUGUACUACAAUAAACAUUAACAUUAGAAAUGUCUUUUUUGUUGUUCUUCUGUUUGGUAUUUACCAGAUAUAACUAGAUCAGUUUAUUUUACAGUACUAUUAAUGUGGAAUUCAUUAAUUUCAGCAGUGCUCAUUUUCAGAACCCAACUCAUCUGCUCACCUACACCAGAUACUGUCAGAUACUUCAUUUUCAAGUAUGAUUUUUCAAUACUGCAAUUAACCUUCCCCUUUUAAUGGAUAGUCAUUACCGUUUCAACAUUAUUUUCAAUUUGUACUGAACGGUGUUUCUUCUGGUUGUGUGUUUCCCUCCAACAAGUCGGCUAUACUUCCAGUUUGGUUAUUAUGGGCCCACAUUUGACUUGACAUUUCGUUUAUCGGAAUUUUACCUUUUUGUCUUUUGGUGGAAUUACGUUUUCUUGGCAUAGUAAACUGGUUUUCUAAAUAUGAAUUGAUAAAUCAUGCUUGAUGCCUUUGGCUUUUAUGGGGGGAGGCCUCAGUUGAUGUUUUUUUUCCUACGGUGGACAUGACAUUAAUUUGGCACAUGUACUUUUCCUUACAGAUAUCUCCAUUUCCUUUCGAUCUGGUUAAGGCUGAGAUUGAGAAGUAUUCCAAAGCAGAAUUGAUCUGGUGUCAAGAGGAACAUAAAAAUAUGGGAUAUUACGACUAUAUAAAACCUCGCUUUCUCACCAUUGUAAAGCAUUCAAGGCCUAUCUGGUAAACAAUUAUAUAAGUGAACAUAUUGAAUAUUUAAACAUAUUGCCUAGAAAAAAACAUCAUGACAUGUUAAAUUUAUUUUGCCAUCAAAGUUGCAAUUCCAAUUUAUGUUUCGAGCUUUUAAAUACAUCCUAUGCUUUGUAAUAUACAUACACAGCAUGGGAAUACCACAUUCUGUAUGUUGGAGAGAAGGAUUUUAUUCUGCCCCCUAUUCUUUAAUUAUGAUCAGGCCUGGACUGGCCAUCGGGCACACCAAGCAAAUGCCCGGUGGGCCACGGUGGCCAUGGGCCGAGGCCGGCAGGGGAGAUCACAGGAUCUCCCCUGCUUGUCUAUGCAGGGCCAACACUAUCCGAGCGCCGGCCCUGCUGCAUUCCAUGACAAGCCGGUGGGAAGAUCAAAGAUCUCCCUCACCAGCCCACAUGAAGUAUAUUGCGGCCGUCAGUGGGGGAGAGAGAGAGGAACCCGGAGGAGCUCUAACUUGCAGUCCGCCGGGUUCCUCUUGCGAGAUUCAGAGCGUUGCCACAGGCUAGAGUUCACUCACCACUAGGACCACCAGGGAUGGCAGCAGCACGAUCCCCCCUCCCUCCCAGGCUGAAGGUAGGAAGGGAGGAGGGAUAUAAUCACUUACAGCACCCUCACUCACACACACCCUGCACCACUGACACUCACACAUACACUUCACCCCUGACACUCAAAGCACCCUUACUCUCACACACACACACACACUGCACCCCUGACACUCACCGCACCCUUACAAACACACACUGCACCCCUGACAUUCACAGCACCCUCACUCACACACACUACACGUGCACACACAGCUUCCUCACAUGCACAUAGCACCCUCACGCAAACACAGCACCCACCACUCACACAAAGCACACACUGCAUCCCUCACACACACAGCAUCCUUACCCACAUAGUAUCCUCACGCAAACACAGCACCCAUCACUCUCACACUCACCUCACCCUCAUACACACACUGCACAAUACUUUUUCCUGGCAUUUUUGCCUCCUGGUAUCCCAUCUAUGGAGACACCAGAGACACAUUUCAAGCAAACACAGUGCAAGCAUGCUAUUAAAUUUGCUUGCGCUGUGCAGAACAAAUACAGAGUCUUUUUCUCAUGCUAGAGCUCUUUAGCAGAGCUCUGCGCAUGGUCUGCCCUGGAAGAGCAUUGAACCAAAAUGCUCACUUUGUGAUGCUUGUCAUUGGGGAUGACAAAACACACCCUAUCUGGCCCCGCCCCCUUCUUAGUGGGACGCUGUAACAAAAAAAAUGCCCGGGCCGAAUUUUCUUCCCAGUCCGGCCCUUAUUGUGAUGAUACAUUGCAUGAUCUAUAGGUGAUUAAUCUCUAAGAAAUCAUUUAUUUACCAAUAUGUAUAUUUCGAUUUUGCGUUUCUGUUUUUUUAUCCAGGUAUGUUGGUCGAGACCCAGCAGCGGCUCCUGCAACUGGAAAUAAGAAUACUCACCUUGUAGAACUAAGAAGGUUUUUAGACACCGCCUUCUGCUUGCAAUCUUUUCAGGGAAAGACUUUCUAAUGCUAACACGAGUUACAUAAAUAAUAUGCAGUAUGAUGUAGCAUUGCAGUAAGGGUAUAUGAAUUACCCGGAAAUAAAUCAUUGUGUAUAUUGAUUGUACUCUGAUUGCAGACCAUGCAUUCUACAAUUUGCAAUUAACCAUCUCACUUCCUAUCAUGGAUAGACGUACGUUGGAUUCCUGUGUCUCAUUCUUGUUAUUUAAACUAGAUUUAUGUUUUUUUUUAUCUUAGCAGAAAUUACAUGCAAAUGUGGUAAUUUCAAGAUUUACUCAAGCUCUUGUUCAUUUAAUCAAUAAACAGAAUUUCUCAACAACCACUUAAUUUAUCUUGCAAUGCAAAUCAAACUGGAAUGAAAAUGUCUUAAUGACCCACUGAACGAUUGUGUCAUUAUUUUACUUCCAUUUAACAGGGUUGUUGUAAUUACCAAAUAUAUCAGUGAGUGCAAUGAUCAGUUUAGUGAACCAUAGGAACGGUGCCAUUUCUAAUUUGUUUAAUGUAAAAGGUAAUCUCUAGCGAAGUCCAUAAUGUUACAUCAACUUUGCCUCCCCCCCCCAAAAUGAUAAAAUCUCUAUGAAAUACUCACAUUGACUGCGUUGGGAUUUCACUGAAAUUCUGACCCAGUCAAAACAUAUACUAAGACAAAGUAAGGACUACAUUCACUCAAUAUCUUUCAUACUCUUUACAAAC